AUGUGGCAUCGUCAUGCACUGAAAGAGGACCAGUUGAGGUCAGAGGUCAGAUUCUCUCUGCCUGUCCUGUCCACCAACAAAACCCUCCUGAGCAGCAGACCACAGCUUCAAAGCAACCGAUUGCUGAAGCUUGGCGAUGAAAUCAUCUGUAAUCUGGGUGAAGAUAUUUCUCGGAUCCCCUCUGCCACUCGAUGCACAAUGAGGCAUCUCGGCUCUCGGCAUACGGAGGUCAGCCAGUGGCAAGCCCAGAUAUCUGAGAGCAUCGGGCAAGUGGAUCUUGAAAUCACUGCUGUGGAGCAGGUGAAAGACACCGCUGAGCGCUGCCUCCAGGAGAGACAGCUGUACAGUCAGCUCGUGAGCGACUGUGUGGCCACCAGCUUCAGUUUGAGCUCAGCGGUCCAGAGACCGGACCGCGUCCUCACUGAGCUGAAGAAAGAAGAGCAGCUGACCAACGAGACCAGAGAACUGCUCCAGAAGCAGAUCUGCAUCCUGCUUGAAAAACUGAGGUCUCUGACGAUGAUUCGCACUCAGCUGUUGGCGGAUUUUCAGGACAAGAGGGAAGCCAUCAAGCUCACCACAAGGUGCAUCAUCCAUCCCCUCAACACGCCGAGCUCCCAGCUCCCCGCCGGUCAAUACAAGCCCAACUAUGUGAGCUAUGACCAGUGGCUGUCCCACUGCAAGGACCUGAGGCUGACGGCUGCUAACCUGAUUAAGGACUCCUCUUGCUUCAGGCGAAACCUGCGUUUUACCCUGGUCAAUCUAAAAAAUGCCCAGGAGCGCCAGCGCCACAGCUCAGAUGAUGCCCUGAGAAAAAAGAUCAACGAGCUGAGCAGGGUGAAGGACACGCUGAUCUGGGAGAGGCAGCGGAUGAGGGAUGAAAUGUCGGAUCAGACAAAGGACAUACAAAAAGUGGUCGGUCAGAUCAGGAACUGUGAUUGCAAGCUGCAUCAGGCUACCCAGCGCCUGGACAUCCUCCAUCAGAGACCCAGACAUGAGCUCUGCCUGGACCAGCCCCUCUUCAGCCUCACACUGGAGAAACAUGACCUGGCAAACAUGGCAGCUGGACUUCACCCAAUACUGAAGCGCUCUCAGCAGGACCUGGAGCUCACACACAGGCGCCUGAUGAUCCUGGAGGACAAAAUGGCCAAAAAUGCUCAUACCCUGGAGGUGGAGCAGAAAUGCAAGAAGCUGCAUCAGAGCUUCCUACCUGCUGUCGACGCCUCUGUGGUCUUUGCCAACAAGCCCAAGCUCCGCGCGGGCCACUCCAGCGCCUACUCCUACUUGCAGUAGAGCCUGGUAGAGUGCACUAGCGCU